UAAACUCGUAUGAUUAAAUAUAAUGCAACAAUAACGAUACGUGGCAAGUGUAUGAUUUCCUGGCGCAAGUGCAUAUACCGAGGGACAUGAGGAUCCAAAUCUGACCGUUAUACGGCUCAACGUUACAAUAUUUUAACUGUGGUACGUAGGUAAUUAUCUGGAAAGAAAACAGUAAUGGAUGGAUGAAGCUGCAAGAAUUUAUCAACCACGAUUCAUCAGUGAAUUCUCUUUGCUGGGCUCCCGAAGCCUAUGGAUUGAUGCUGGCUUGUGGCUCCUCAGAUGGAAGUGUUUCAAUCAUAUCAAGUGAAGGUGACGGACACUGGCAGGUAAAAAAGAUCAACAAUGCACACACAAUUGGAUGUAAUGCUGUCAGUUGGGCGCCUUCGACGCAUCCUGGGUCCCUUUUUAAUAUUGCUGAUGAACCGAAGCGUGGCGAAAUAGAGAAACGAUUAGUGACUGGAGGCUGCGAUAGUUUGGUAAAAAUAUGGAAGAUGAGUGCAACUGAUGGCCAGUGGGAAGAGGAAGAGAAGCUGGAAGCACAUAGCGAUUGGGUGUGUGAUGUGGCCUGGGCGCCAAAUAUUGGAUUGCCUACAAGUAAAAUUGCCAGUUGUUCCCAGGAGAUGCUUUAGACGAAUUUCUUGUCGAAGAUAGUCAUAUUCAAGACGAUGGUGUAAUCUUAAGUGUAGUUGAUGAUUUUACAAUUCUUGAGUUACCAAGUGGUCAAAACCUUGUCAUAAACUUUCUUACAACCUGGGGUGACCAGUAUUACGUUGGAUUAAAUGGCGUCGAGAUAUUCAAUAGCUCUGGUAUACCUGUUCAGAUAUCAUCAAUCACAGCCAAACCAUGUGAUAUCAAGGUUCUUCAAGAAUACAACACAGACCCAAGGGUUGUAUCAAAUCUUAUUGAUGGAGUUUAUUUCACAAGGUAAUAAUUUCAACUUAAUCUUAUCCACAUUAUUUGCCACGGACACUGGAGCGGUCAGCAAUAGUCGAUACGCCUUGCACACUGUUGGAAAGACGUUUUUGUGUUUGAAAGCAAAUAACGCAACGUCUUGAAGGGAUUUAGGUUCUGAUUUAAGUUGU